GGGGGUAGUUGGAGUGAUGGGGCCCCUCUACCUAAACUAAGUGAGGUUAUUGCACAUUCGUGGCUCUCGCCCCCAGAAGUUUGUCUUGUCUUAUUUACGAGUUCGCCUAACUUUUUGAAACAAAGAUUUUGGCUCAGUCUUUCCGCUGAAAUCCAGGAGAAGAGUUGUACGUUGUCAUCGACACCGCGCGUAGGCGCGCCCCCAUCUCUCAGCACUAUUGCUGCCUGCAGCCUGUUGGUCACCGAGCCCCGUGUUUGCAGCUGCUCGCAUCCACUGUGGAGUGAGGUAGUGGGCUCCGGCUGCCGGUAGGGAUGAUGAAAGUUGCCAACGGCCAGAAUGUUGCCACGGCGGCACCGAAUUGUGAUUACUGGAUCGACGGCUCCAACAAAGAGGGCGUCCUGGAAGAUUACUAUGAUGUAGAAGUGGAACUGGGACGGGGUGCUACAUCAGUGGUGUUCCAAUGUAGACAGAAGGGCACUGAGAAGUCUUAUGCUGUGAAAACACUGAAAAAAACAAUAGAUAAAAAAAUAGUUCGAACUGAAAUAGGAAUUCUACUUCGACUUUCCCAUCCCAAUAUUAUUAGACUGAAAGAGAUCUUUGAGACUCCAUUAGAGAUUAACUUGGUCCUGGAGCUGGUGACUGGAGGAGAGCUAUUUGACAGGAUUGUUGAAAGGGGGUAUUACAGUGAGAAAGAUGCUGCGGAUGUUGUCAGACAAAUUCUGGAAGCCGUUGCUUAUCUGCAUGAAAAUGGAAUUGUUCAUCGUGAUCUCAAACCUGAAAACCUUCUCUAUGCUUCUCCAAGUCCAGAUGCAUUAUUAAAAAUAGCUGAUUUUGGACUUUCAAAAAUCGUGGAAGAACAGGUGACCAUGAAGACUGUAUGUGGGACACCAGGAUACUGUGCCCCUGAAGUCUUACGAGGCUAUGCCUAUGGACCAGAGGUUGACAUGUGGUCAGUGGGAGUUGUCACCUACAUAUUGCUGUGUGGAUUUGAACCAUUCUACGAUGAGAGGGGUGAUCAAUUCAUGUAUAAAAGAAUUCUUAACUGUGACUAUGACUUUGUCUCCCCCUGGUGGGAUGAGGUCUCACUUAAUGCAAAAGAUCUGGUUAGGAAGUUGAUCCUUUUGGACCCCAAGAAGCGUCUAACUACUUAUCAGGCACUACAACAUCCAUGGGUAACAGGAAAAGCUGCAAAUUUUGUGCAUAUGAACAAUGCGCAAAAGAAACUUCAGGAAUUCAAUGCCCGCCGCAAACUAAAAGCUGCAGUAAAAGCUGUAGUGGCAUCUAGUCGCCUUGGAAGUACUAGUCACGCCAACAUUCAAGAUAGCAGCGCCGAACUCAAUAACUCGUACUACCAGCAGGGUGAACCAGUACAAAGUGAAAACAACCAAGAUGCACAAGAAAAAAUGGAAGGUAAUCAAAGUACUGCUGGUGACAACAGAAGUGAUGUUAUCGCUGGUGAUGUCAGCACUAGUAUAGUAAGUGAUGUUAUAGCAGUCACUGAUGUUGUCAAUGUUAGUAAAGUAGGCACAGUUGAAGUAACCGUUGAUGAAAUGUCAACUGAUGGUAAUGUUGCUGAAGUGUCAGUUGAUGAUGUUGGCACUGGAGAAGUCAACAUUCAUGAUAGCAAUCCUGGUGAAUUCAGUGUUGGUGAUGUUAAUGUCAAUAAGAGUGAAUUCAUCACAGCUGAAAGUACCAAUGAAGUGAAUGCUGGUGCUGUUAACACUGAAGUUAGUACAUAAGUUGAACAAAGGCGUAUCAGUCUAUCAUUUGUAUUGGAAAUGUUACAAGAACAGGAACAUGCUAAACAAGGUGGCAACAGAAAGGAUGAUGGUAAAAAUAAAGUUCAUCACAUGAAGUACAUCAUAAACAACAUGAAACCCAUCCCUUCUACACCAGUUAUUUGAAAUGUUUGCUGUGCACGGGAAGCUAAUGAUGUGGCUUAAUUUUCAUGUUGGUUUAAUUGUGGCAGCAUACUGAUGUGCAAGUUGAUAAUCUUGAAAGUUCCACUGCAUUUUCUUGCAUGCGGGUUCUUCAUUAAAACAGCAGCAGAAUGCUGAAUGGCUUGGACUGUGUAGAAUGUUAUUUAAAGUUCAAAGUGCAAGCUGGCUGUAUUACACAUGCUUUCAGCGAUAUUUCAGUCAAUGUUAACUUUAAAGUUUCAGCUGAAUUUAUGUCUUUUUAGUCAUUAACAUUAUAAACUUGAGUUGAAUGAGCUCAAUGUUUUUCAGAUUUGGUUUUAUGAUGUUUUCUGUACUUUUAUUAAUAAGAUUUAAAAGCCACACAUUUGCCUUUUAGUUUAGAUUCAUAAUUUUCCCUAUUCAUAUCUGAUUAGGUGAUGCUUUUUCAAGUGCAUCAGUCCAUAUCCUAAAUCAUUUCAGUUAUAAGUUUAGCCAUAACAAAAAACAGAAAUUUUAAUCUGGCCAAUGCAGCUUUCUCAUUGCUUUGAAUAUUGGUUCCAGUGGCUAUAAAUUAUAAUGAAAUAUAGCCCAGAUCAUUUGCAAUGAUGAACACAGCCUAUACACAAUGUGCAAAAUGUGUUUUUAUAUUUAUUUUGAUAAAUCUGGUAUUUUUUUGCCUAAGUAUAAUUGUUAAUAAUUUUAAAUGGUUUUAAAGUUUACCAUUUCCUAAUGUAUUGCUCACUUUCACUGACAGAAACAUUAAUAUUGAUGAAAUUUAAGUUGCAACUGGAAAUAUGUCAUGAAAGUUCUUCUGCAUAUGAUCUAUGUACUGAAAGUCUUUAUCAGUAUUUUCAAAUGGAACAAUCCAGUGCACGUUAUCUGGAACAAUGUAAUGAAAUAUUUUUAAAAAUAUGAGCAUGUCAUUAAUGUAAUAAAUGCAGUUAACUGA